CGCGGCCGCGACCCCCCUGCGGCGGGGGCGGGGCUGGGGGCGGGGCCUGUGCGGAGAGCGGCGCGGCCGGACGGGCUCGGGGGCGCGCGGGCCGGGGGGAUCCCGCGGGGCAUCAUGGGCCAGGGCGGGGGCCCGGGCCGGCCGCCCUCAGCCGCCGCUCUGCCCCCAGCCGUGGGCACAGGCACGUCGCUGGCGCUCUCCUCGCUGGUCUCCCUGCUGCUUUUCGCCGGGAUGCAGAUGUACAGCCGGCAGCUGGCCUCCACCGAGUGGCUGACCAUCCAGGGCGGGCUGCUGGGCUCCGCGCUCUUCAUCUUCUCCCUCACCGCCUUCAACAACCUGGAGAACUUGGUCUUUGGUAAAGGAUUCCAGGCUAAGAUAUUCCCUGAGAUCCUCACCUGCCUCUUACUGGCUCUCUUUGCCUCUGGCCUCAUUCACCGAGUCUGCGUGACCACCUGCCUCAUCUUCUCCAUGGUUGGCCUCUACUACAUCAACAAGAUCUCCUCCACGCUCUACCAGUCUGCAGCACCCGUAGCUGUUCCCACCAAAGCUGUUGGCAAAGGCAGGAAGAGGAAUUGAUGUCCCAUGGCCCCUCUCCAGGGGCGGCCUCCUCACCUCCAGCCUGCACUCGGACUCUGAGCCAACCAAUAAAGCAGUCUCUUUGUAA